CAUCAUCCAACUUUUUCAAACCUUAGCCUCUUUCCUGGAAGCUCCCUCCUUGACCAACAUCCUCUAUAAAAAGGCUUCAUCAACUUGUUCAUUUUAUAUUCAACGAAUGCUGUGUGUUGUGAACCAUAGAGACAUUAUAAACACACAUCUCCACUUUUUCGUUUUGUUCUUGUUUGUGUUGGACCAUGAAGAACAAAAGGGCAAGUAGAAGGGACAAAAAGGAGAUCAAAGUCACUUAUAUUUCGAGCCCCGUGAAGGUGAAGACUAGUGCCUCUAAUUUUAGGGCACUCGUGCAAGAACUCACUGGCCAAUACUCCAAUCUUGCUGAAACUUCCAUGCCCAUGGAAGACGAAAAUGAACACUUUGAGAGACUGGUUCACCAUAAAACUCGUCAAAGUCAGCCUCAACAAUGGAGGGUGGAUGACGGCACCAACUUCAUGAUCAGACCUGAGUAUAAUGAAUUUCUCUCGAGAUCCUUCAUGGAGCCAUUCAACCAACAACAACUUCAAUACGAUUUGAUGACUUUCGACAUGUCGUAGGUUUUGGUUGUUGUACCAUAUGCAUUGAUAUAUAUAUUAUAUAUGAACCUCUAUGUUUGAUUUUGA